AUGUCCUCCCAGGAAGAUGCAAUGGGCAAAGAGCAUGACUCGUCCCGGCGGUCCAAGGACUCGACACCGGACUCCUCGUACGCACAGUCCGUCGAAUCGUUCCAGGCGGUUGACGACGAACAGCUAAACGCGCAGAGCCAACUCAGCAGACACGUGACUACGAUCAUGUCGAACGGAGACGGCGCGGAGCGGAUCGCGUCGCUCGCACGUGUUCUCUCCACCAAGACCAAGCGCGAGAUGAGCAAGUUUGAGGUCGACCAGCUCGACUUCGACCUGCGGUCUCUGCUCAACUACUUGCGGGCGCAGCAGCUCGCGCAGGGCAUCGAGCCCGGCGACUCCGGGGUCGCGUUUCGCGGGCUCACGGCGGUCGGGAUCGACGCCUCGGCCGCAUACGGGCCCUCCGUCGAGGAAAUGGCGCGCGACUGCGUGCACUGGCCCGUCAAGAUGGCGCACGCCAUGAUGCGCCACAAGGAGGAAGUGGCCCACCGCGACAUCGUCCGCAACGUGUCCGGUGUUGUCGAGUCCGGCGAAAUGCUGUUCGUGGUCGGCCGGCCCGGAGCCGGGUGCUCGACGCUGCUCAAGUGUCUGUCCGGUGAGACCUCCGAGCUGGUCGAAGUCCGCGGCGACUUCUCGUACGACGGGCUGGACCAGCACGAAAUGAUGCAGAACUUCAAGGGCUACGUCAUCUACUGUCCAGAGUUGGAUUUCCAUUUCCCCAAGAUCACAGUCAAAGAAACCAUUGAUUUCGCUCUCAAGUGUAAGACCCCGCGCGUUCGGAUCGACUCCAUGACGCGGCACCAGUACGUCGACUCCAUGCGUGACCUGUGGUGUACCGUUUUCGGUCUGCGUCACACGUACGCGACCAAAGUCGGUAACGAUUUCGUUCGUGGUGUGUCCGGUGGUGAACGGAAAAGAGUGUCCUUGGUCGAAGCGCUCGCGAUGAGCGCUUCCAUUUACUCGUGGGAUAACGCUACGAGAGGUUUGGAUGCGUCCACCGCGUUAGAGUUUGCGCAAGCGAUCCGGACUGCUACAAACAUGAUGAACAACUCGGCCGUUGUCGCGAUUUACCAGGCCGGUGAAAACAUUUACCAACUGUUCGACAAGUCCACCGUGUUGUACAAUGGUAAACAAAUCUAUUUCGGUCCUGCCGACAAAGCGGUCGCUUAUUUCGAGCGCAUGGGCUGGAUCAAACCCGCACGUAUGACUUCUGCAGAGUUUCUAACCUCUGUCACAGUCGAUUUCGACAACCGGACUUUGGAUUUCAAACCGGAGUUUGCCGAGAAAAUACCCAAAUCCAGUGUCGAAUUCGAAGACUACUGGCUCAACUCCCCAGAGUACCAAGAGUGUCUGGUCGAAUUUGAAGAUUAUUGCUCGCGGCAUCCAGCAGACGAGACCCGGGACAGACUCGAGAGGGCUAAAAAACAACGUCUUCAAAAGGGUCAACGUAACAAGUCUCAAUUUGUGGUCAAUUUCUGGUCGCAGGUUUGGUACUGUAUGAUCCGUGGUUUUCAAAGAACUAAAGGUGACUUCACUUAUACCAAAGUUUAUUUGUCCUCGUUUUUGACCAAGGGUCUCGUUGUUGGUUCUAUGUUUCACCGAAUCGAUCCCAAGAGCCAGUCCACCACCGAUGGUGCUUACUCCAGAGGUGGUUUACUGUUCUACGUCCUGUUGUUUGCCGCGGUUACUUCCCUCGCAGAAAUUUCCAACUCUUUUGCCAAUAGACCCAUCAUUGUUAAACACAAGUCCUAUUCCAUGUACCACAUGUCUGCAGAGGCCCUUCAAGAAAUUUUCACCGAGGUGCCUACCAAACUUACUGCUAUUGUCGUUUUGUCUCUCGUCUCUUACUGGAUUCCUUAUUUGAAAUUCACCGCAGGUGCUUUUUUCCAGUAUAUGCUGUAUUUGUUCACCACCCAACAGUGUACCUCUUUCAUUUUCAAACUUGUGGCUACUUUGACCAAAGACGGUGGUACCGCCCACGCCCUCGGUGGUCUUUGGGUUUUGAUGCUGUGUGUUUAUGCUGGUUUCGUGUUGCCCAUCGGUGAAAUGCAUCACUGGAUCAGAUGGUUCCACUACUUGAACCCGCUAACCUAUUCUUAUGAGUCCUUGAUGUCUACGGAAUUCCACGGUAGACAUAUGCUGUGCAGUCAAUUGGUUCCAAGCGGUCCCGGUUACGAAAACGUGUCUCUUGCAAACCAAAUUUGCAAUGCUGCAGGUGCUGUCAAGGGUGCCUUGUUUGUCGAUGGUGAUGCCUACAUUAAGGACAAAUACCAUUUCGCUUACAAACACGCCUGGAGAGACUGGGGUAUCAACGUCGUUUGGACUUUUGGUUACAUUGUGUUGAACGUUAUAAUGUCAGAAUACUUGAAGCCUGUCGAAGGUGGUGGUGACUUGUUGCUGUACAAGAGAGGCCAUAUGCCAGACAAGGGAUCUGAAUCCGUUGACGCCAAGGUCGCUACUAGAGAGGAAAUGAUGGAAUCUUUGAACGGUCCCGGUGUUGAUUUGGAAAAAGUUAUCGCCGAAAAGGACGUUUUUACUUGGAAUCACUUGGAUUACACUAUUCCUUACGAUGGCGCGACCCGGCAACUACUUUCCGACGUUUUCGGUUAUGUCAAGCCCGGUAAGAUGACCGCGCUGAUGGGAGAAUCCGGUGCUGGUAAGACUACUUUGCUGAACGUUUUGGCCCAAAGAAUUAAUAUGGGUGUUAUCACUGGUGAUAUGUUGGUUAAUGCAAAGCCCCUUCCUGCUUCUUUCAACAGAUCUUGUGGUUACGUUGCCCAGGCAGACAACCAUAUGGCCGAAUUGUCAGUCAGAGAAUCCUUGAGGUUUGCCGCUGAACUAAGACAACCUAAAUCUACACCUUUGGAAGAGAAACAUGAAUACGUCGAAAAGAUUAUCAGCCUGUUGGGUAUGCAAAACUACGCUGAAGCUAUUGUCGGUAAGACCGGUAGAGGUUUGAACGUUGAACAACGUAAAAAAUUGUCCAUCGGUGUUGAACUUGUGGCCAAACCAUCUUUGCUACUUUUCUUGGAUGAACCUACCUCUGGUCUUGACUCCCAAUCCGCUUGGUCUAUCGUGCAAUUCAUGAGAGCGUUGGCGGACUCCGGUCAAUCUAUUCUUUGUACUAUUCAUCAACCUUCUGCUACUCUUUUCGAACAAUUCGACAGACUUUUGCUGCUAAAGAAAGGUGGUAAAAUGGUGUACUUUGGCGAUAUCGGUGAGAACUCUCAAACGUUGCUUUCUUAUUUUGAGCGUCAAUCUGGUGUCAAGUGUGGUGCUUCUGAAAACCCUGCUGAAUAUAUUCUGAACUGUAUUGGUGCUGGUGCCACUGCUUCAGCUGACGCUGACUGGCACGACCUUUGGAAAGAUUCCCCCGAGUGUCAAGCUGCAAGAGAAGAGGUCGAAGAAUUGCAUCGUGUGCUACCAAGCAAACCGGUUAAAGACGACAAAGAAUUGCAAGGCACAUAUGCUGCUAAUUACUUUACUCAAAUGAAGUGUGUCCUGAAUAGAACUUUUGUUCAAUUCUGGAGAUCUCCUGUCUAUAUUAGAGCCAAAUUUUUGGAAUGUGUUUUCUGUGCUCUGUUCGUGGGUCUUUCCUACGUUGGGGUCAACCACAGCAUCGGUGGUGCCGAGGAAGCGUUCUCGUCUAUUUUCAUGAUGUUGUUGAUUUCCUUGGCUAUGAUUAACCAAUUGCACGUUUUUGCGUACGAUUCCAGAGAACUUUAUGAAGUCAGGGAGGCCUCGUCCAACACAUUUCACUGGAGUGCACUUUUGAUCUCGCAUACUUUUGUCGAAAUCGUGUGGUCCACACUUUGUCAGUUCCUGUGCUACAUCUGUUACUAUUGGCCGGGCCAAUUUUCCGGUAGAGCUUCGCAUGCCGGUUAUUUCUUCUUGAUUUGGGUCAUCAUGUUCCCAGCCUAUUUCUGCAGUUACGGAUUAUGGAUUCUAUACCUGUCGCCCGAUGUACCAUCUGCGUCCAUGAUCAAUUCCAAUCUGUUUGCUGCUAUGUUGCUGUUCUGUGGUAUCUUGCAACCCAGGCAAAAAAUGCCCGGAUUCUGGAGACGCUUCAUGUACAACGUGUCCCCAUUCACUUACGUGGUCCAAUCUUUGGUCACUCCAUUGGUACAUGGAAAGCCUGUUAUCUGCGGUGAAAAAGAAUUCAAUGUCAUGGACCCACCCAAGGGUCAAACGUGCGGCGAUUAUUUGAAAACCUACAUUUCCAACAACAGCGGCUAUCUCAACAAUCCAAAUGCCACAUCUGACUGUCUUUACUGUCCAUACGUGGUCCAGGAUCAAGUCGUCGAACAAUUUAAUGUUAAAUGGGACUACAGAUGGAGAAAUUUCGGAUUUUUAUGGGCUUACAUUGGCUUUAAUUUCGUCGCCAUGUGCGUUUGUUACUACUACAUGAGAGUCAAGGUGUGGUCCAUCAAAGGUAUUCUUGAUUUUAAGAAAUGGUUCCAUGGACCAAAGAAAGACAGACACGAGAAGGACACUACCAUUUUCCAGCAAAAACCGGGUGACGAAGCCAAAGUUAAAAAGGCUUGA